AUGCCAACAAUCAAGCUACGACUUUCCACGAAGGGAGGCAGCUCUCAGGCUGCUUCUACAAAGAAAUCUGUUUCAAGAUCAUCGUCCAGGCCGAAAAAAAUCAAGCUAGAGGCUGAAGAUAGUAUUCACUUACCUAAGAUAAAGGUGAAGCAACUCAAAUCUAAACACACCAAAAGAACAAGGAAAAGACACGAUGAAGUUGAAAUGGCUGUGCGUAAAAUAACCGUCAAAGCUCCCAAAGUCAAGGUGCCGACUAUUCGUGUGAAGCCAACGAUGAUUCCCGGAGAUGGGUACGAUUCGGAAGAUCCUGAUCGUGAGGAUGAUCCACUUAUUGAGGAAGGAAUAGUGCUAAGAAUGCUUGCAGAUGAAUCUUUAGAUACAUUGAGGGCAUGUGUUGAAUCUGGGGAUACUAGUGGAAUAGCAGUGAAAUGGAAGGAUAAGAGAAGAGCUGUUUUGAAGAUAAACAAUGUUCAAUACGGAGGUAAGUUGGUAAAUUUGCCUACAGUUAUUGAAGUACACAAGUCAUUAGACAAGAAAAACAUUUACAAGGCGAUGGAUGUAUGCCAAAUGCUAUUAAUAACAAGAAAAUUGAAUUCAGAGGAUGAAGUUAACGAUAUACCAUUGGACACAGAGUACGGAGAGACGUAUCCGGAUGGUCUGACACCUCCUAUGCAGAACAGCAAGACCAGAUUUCGACGAUGCUAUGAAGAGCAAGUUAUUCAGAAUGUUGAGGAUGAGGUGGAAAGAUUGUUGAAGUUGGAUGAAGAGGCAGAAACUACGAAUUAUGAGUUUAUGGAUUUGAAUAUGUUGAACAAUCCGCGGGCUAGAAUGGCAUUGUCAAACUUGCACAGGAAAAAGAGGAGGUCCAAGGAAUCCAAAAGGGCUAAACAGCGGCAAGAAAAGAACGACAAGGAGAAGCAAGAAGAGAAAAUGCACACAGAACGGGCAGAAGAGGAUCUUGAUAGCGAAUUGGACAAGCUCAUUGGAGAAGAUGAGGAUGAGGAUGAGGAUGAGGAAGAAGAAGACGAAGAACUGGACAGGGCAUUGGCUGCUACACUUGAUGGAACAAGCGGAGGUAUACUUACUAAGGCCAGAGUUGAAGAUGAUGAAGGAGAAGUAGAAGAAGUUGUUGAGGGAGCACCAACCGAGGUUGGAAUUGAAGAGGAUGAGGAAGAAGAAGAUGAUGAGGAAGAAGAUGAUGAGGAAGAAGAUGAGGAGGAGGAGGAAGAAGAAGAAGACGAUAACGGAAUCAAACCUAGAGCUGCUUUCGGUAAGGGUGGGGAGAUUGAUGAGAGUAAGCAACAUAACGCCAUAUUAAGAGAAGAGAUAUAUGAGUUGAGCUCUACGAUCGAGCAGAAACAGAGUGAUUUGAUCAAGGCCAAUAACCCAAUUAUGAAGAACAGAAUCAAUGAUGUUAUUAACAGGUUGAAGCAAGAAUUAGAUAUUAAGAAGGGACAAAUUAUUGAACCGAAGGAGAAGAAGGAGGACGAGAAGGAGGACGAGAAGGAGGACGAGAAGGAGGACGAGAAAGAGGAUGAUGAAGCUGAAGGAGGAGAAGAAGAAGGUGAGGAUGAAGCAGAAGGUGAAAGAGAAGGUGAAAGAGAAGGCGAAGGAGAAGGUGAAGGAGAUGAUGACGAUCUAGAAGGGUUGUUCUGA